AUGGCAGCCACACUCAAACACCUCGGUUCCGAAGUCCACGAAGUCGCCCAGCGCGGAUUCGGGAAAGGCACAAACGAGCACUAUGAUUUCGCGCGCCCGAAUUUCCCUGUAACAGCUAUCGAGAAGAUCUGGGAGCAGCUGCCGAAGAAGGAUGGCCCCCUGAACAUCGUCGACAGAAUGGGAUGCGGCACGGGACUGUUCACGCGUUCCCUGCUCGCCCACCCCGAAUUCUCCAAGCACACAGGUGCACUUCUCGCGACCGACCCCUCCGAAGGAAUGCGGAGCGUGUUCACCCAGCGCCUGGCGCACGACCCGCGCGUGCGAUGUGAAGAGGGUACAUUUGACCGUCUCCCUGUCGAGGACGGAUGGGCGGAUCUGGUCGUCGCGGCCCAGGCGUGGCAUUGGUGCCCGGAUCACGAUAAGGCAUUGACCGAGAUCCACCGCAUCCUCCGUCCCACCGGCCUUCUAGCCCUCAUCUGGAACCUCGAAGACCGUGACACGGCCUGGGUCGGCCAACUGCGUGACGCAUACGAGCCGUUCGAGCUCGGCACGCCCCAGUUCCGCCUCGGCCUCUGGCGCACGACAUUCCAGUGCGAGGCAUACAAGAAAUGGUUCGAGAGCGAGAAGGAAGGGGACGUGGACCACCUCGUGCCUACGACGCGGGAGGGGGUGGUGAACCGCGUGUUUAGCAAGAGCUAUAUGACGGGCGUGCAGGGUCACGAGAGGGAGGAAGUCACUAAGAAGCUUGAGGAGAUCGUAGAUCGUGGAGAGGGCAAGCAGUGGGUGGACAAGGAGAAAGGUGUGUUUAAUUGGCCGUACAGGACGUAUGUUAUCACGUGUAAGUUGAAGGGCCAGUGA